CGAUGUACCAAUCACAUGAAUAAUUCAUGUGACAGCUCCGUUGAGUGUCCGCGGGUGACAGCUGAGGAACUUUUUGAAUUUGAAUCUCCCAGCAGUAUGUUGUUGUUCCUAUUAUUGUUUAUUGUGACCAGUCUGUCUGAUUGUGAGUGUCACGAAAGGCCUAAUAUUGUGUUAAUAAUAGCCGACGAUUUAGGCUGGAACGAUGUUGGAUUCCACGGAUCGAACCAAAUACCGACCCCCAAUAUCGAUAUUAUGGCCUGGUCUGGUGUAUCGUUGCACAAUUAUUACGUGACGCCCAUAUGCACGCCGUCUAGAGCUGCGCUCAUGACGGGGAAGUAUCCGAUACAUACUGGCAUGCAACACACUGUAAUUUUCGCGGCUGAACCUCGAGGGUUGCCGCUCACUGAGAAAAUUUUACCCCAAUAUUUAAAGGAGCUAGGUUAUAAGACACAUCUAGUGGGCAAGUGGCAUCUCGGAUCAUACAAAAAGGAAUACUUGCCGUUAAAUAGGGGAUUCGACAGUCAUCUUGGAUUUUGGAACGGAAAAAUAGACAUGUACGAUCACACGAACCAGGAGAAAGGAUAUUGGGGAUUUGAUUUCAGACGAGACUUCUCCACGGCCCACGACCUGUUCGGGCAGUACGCCACAGAUGUCUACACUAACGAAGCUGUCAAGAUAAUAAAGUCCCACAACACGAGCUCCCCGCUGUUCCUGAUGCUGUCUCACUCCGCGGUCCACACCGGCAACCCCUCCGAGCCGAUCCGGGCUCCAGAAAAGCUAUUCGUUAACUUCACACAUAUUCAGGAUUUCCAACGGAGAAAAUUUGCCGCCGUGCUCACGAAACUGGACGAGUCGGUCGGGGAAGUGGUCGCCGCGUUGAAGGCGAAGGGUGUGUUGAACGACAGUAUCGUGGUGUUCACGACGGACAACGGCGGGGCCGCGGCCGGGUUCAACGACAACGCCGCCUCCAACUACCCUCUUAGAGGGGUAAAGAAUACUCUGUGGGAAGGAGGCGUGCGCGGGGCGGGCUGGCUGUGGAGCCCCUUCAUAGACAAGAGAUCUCGAGUCGCCACACAGAGGAUGCAUCUAGUGGACUGGCUGCCGACCUUGCUCAGCGCGGCCGGCAUGAACGUUAGUUCGAUUAAACAUAUAGAUGGCGUCGAUCAGUGGUGCGCGCUGUCCCAGGACCUCCCGUCCGCCAGAGAGUCCUUAGUCCACAACAUAGACGAUGAGUACGGCAGCGCUUCCAUCACAUACAAACAGUGGAAGGUACAUAAAGGCACCAACUACGGCGGGUCCUGGGACGGGUGGUACGGUCCGGCGGGGCGCGAGGGAGCGUACGACACCACAGGAUUACUAGCUUCUAAGGCGGCCGGCGCCCUACUGGAUAUGGGGAUGUUGCCAGAUACGGAGCAUAUACUGAGACUGAGAUCUGAAGCGACCGUGGAGUGUGGAGACCGCGAGGCGCUCCCGUGUCGACCGCUGGAGGCGCCGUGCCUCUUUAACAUAGACGAAGACCCGUGCGAAACCAGGAACCUCGCCGACAUACAUCCAGAUGUCUUACAAAUGAUGUUGAAGGAGCUCGACAGGGUGAACCGCACCGCGGUCCCCCCGAACAACCAGCCGCUGACCCCCGUAGGUGACCCCAAGUAUUGGGGCUACGUGAUAACGAACUUCGGUGAUUAUAUUAAUAAUGAAAUAAAAUAGAAUCAAUCAAACAAUGACCUAUUAAAUUGUAAUCUAAGCAGUAA